AUGGCGUAUCAAGACCCUUACUACGGCAACCAGCAGCCACUAGACGAGCCUUUCAAUCCCUAUGCUAAUGACCAGCCUCACAGGUCGUACGACCAGGGAGGAUUCAACUACGACAGUGGAGGAUAUAGCGGCGGAUACAACGACGAUCCGAAUGCGGGUACGAAAGAGGAGAGAGAGAGGAGUGUUUUUGAGGCCGAUGAUGCAGCUUCACGGCCAUUAGGUCCAAGGUCCGUCUGCGACGACCUUGUCGGUCUUCUCCUAAGCUUAGACAUGCUUCCUGCCAGGACCUCUAGAAAUCUGCGAAAGUGGCGGUAUGAUAAUCAGGGUGGAUUAUGGACUAAAGGCGGUGGUCUUCGCGCCUGCGGGCGAUUCUUCUGUUGCACUUUGAUGAUUGCAGUGUUCCUAUUCAUUAGCAUUGUGCUUUCAUUGGCUUUGUGGAUAAGACCACCCAGUGUCCUUAUUAGGGACCCUCAGCUCGUACAGAAUAGCAGCGCUGUCACUAUCUCAAAUGACACUCUCGAGAUCCUAAUGGACCUCAAUGCAACUGUCAACAACCCCAACUACUUCUCGGUUGAUCUUGCUGACAUCCAAGUUGAUCUCUUCUAUCCUAUCAAUAAUACCGCUCUUGGUGAUGCGCAAGCGAAGAAUAUCGACUUCAGAUCGAAUACGCAGACCAAUUUUACCCUCAAUAUCGCUUUGCAGUACAACUUCACCUCUGCACCUACUACUGAUAUUCUUGUUGACUUGGCGAAGAGAUGUGGCAUACUUCCUGGCGUAGCCUCGUCGGAUAUAACUCUCAAUUAUAAAGUAUUGCUUGACAUUAAAAUUCUAGCUAUCCCUAUCAAGCCCACAGUCAGCAGCUCGGUCAGCUUUGCGUGCCCGCUAAGCUCUGCCGACAUCGGGGAGAUGCUGCAGCAAGCGGGUAUUAAUGCAGACGAUCUAGGCGACUUGUAA